CUCAAACACUGCUGACAGUCUGUGAUGUGAUAAGGUUAAUCUUCAUCGUCCGUCUCGUUCACGCGAGAUUUCACGAGAGGAUAAGUUGAGGGAACAUGGCGACGUCUAAUUUGCUAAAGAACAAAGGCUCCCUUCAAUUUGAGGAUAAAUGGGACCUGAUGCGGCCCAUCGUGCUGAAGCUGCUUCGGCAGGAGUCCGUCACCAAACAACAGUGGUUUGACCUGUUCUCAGACGUCCAUGCUGUAUGCCUGUGGGAUGACAAAGGUCCAGCUAAGAUCCACCAGGCCCUCAAAGAGGACAUCCUAGAUUUCAUCAAACAAGCACAAGCGCGGGUCUUAAGUCACCAGGAUGACACGGCGUUGCUGAAGGCCUACAUAGCGGAGUGGAGGAAGUUCUUCACACAGUGCGACAUCCUGCCUAAGCCUUUCUGUCAGCUAGAGAUCACUCUGAUGGGCAAACAGGGAAGCAACAAGAAGUCCAACGUCGAGGACAGCAUCGUCCGCAAGCUGAUGCUGGACACAUGGAACGAGUCCAUCUUCUCUAACAUUAAGAACAGGCUACAGGACAGCGCCAUGAAGCUGGUCCACGCUGAGAGGCUGGGAGAGGCCUUCGACUCCCAGCUAGUCAUCGGAGUGCGAGAGUCCUACGUGAACCUGUGCUCCAAUCCUGAUGACAAGCUGCAGAUCUACAGGGACAACUUUGAGAAGGCGUAUAUGGAUUCUACUGAGAGGUUCUACAGAACACAGGCUCCUGCCUACCUUCAGCAGAAUGGAGUCCAAAACUACAUGAAAUAUGCUGACUCAAAGCUGAGGGAAGAGGAGAAACGUGCACUGAGAUAUCUGGAGACGAGACGCGACUGUAACUCUGUCCAAGCUUUAAUGGAGUGCUGCGUCAAUGCACUGGUAACAUCUUUCAAGGAGACCAUCUUAGCCGAGUGUCCGGGCAUGAUCAAACGAAAUGAGACAGAGAGUGAGUACGGCAGGACCGCUCCCACCAAAGGCUCAGCCAGCUCAGAGCUCCAUCUGAUGUUCUCUCUCAUGGACAAAGUGCCCAGCGGCAUUGAGCCAAUGCUGAAGGACCUGGAGGAGCAUAUCAUGAGCGCUGGCCUGGCUGAUAUGGUGGCCUCUGCGGAGACGAUCACCUCUGACUCAGAGAAAUAUGUGGAGCAGCUGCUCACCUUGUUUAACCGCUUCAGUCGACUGGUGAAAGAAGCCUUUCAGGACGACCCACGCUUCCUGACAGCGAGAGACAAAGCGUAUAAAGCAGUUGUGAAUGACGCCACUAUAUUUAAAUUGGAACUUCCCCUGAAACAGAAAGGGGUCGGUCUGAAAACUCAACCAGAGUCCAAGUGUCCAGAGCUGCUGGCCAACUACUGUGACAUGCUCCUGAGGAAGACCCCGCUGAGCAAGAAGCUCACGUCUGAGGAGAUCGAGGCCAAGCUCAAGGAAGUGCUGUUGGUUCUGAAGUACGUCCAAAACAAAGACGUGUUCAUGCGCUACCACAAAGCCCACCUCACCCGUCGACUCAUCCUGGACAUCUCUGCAGACAGCGAGAUAGAGGAGAACAUGGUGGAGUGGCUCAGGGAAGUAGGGAUGCCAGCUGAUUAUGUCAACAAGCUGGCCAGGAUGUUUCAGGACAUAAAGGUGUCGGAGGACCUCAACCAGUCGUUCAAAGAAAUGCAUAAACACAACAAGCUCGCUUUACCAGCCGACUCAGUCAACAUAAAGAUCCUGAAUGCUGGAGCAUGGUCAAGGAGCAGCGAGAAGGUUUUUGUCUCUCUGCCCACAGAGCUGGAAGAUUUGAUACCAGAGGUAGAAGACUUCUAUAAGAAGAACCACAGCGGCAGAAAGCUUCACUGGCACCACCUCAUGUCCAACGGCAUUAUAACCUUUAAGAACGAAGUGGGCCAGUAUGACCUGGAGGUGACCACCUUCCAGCUGGCAGUGCUGUUUGCCUGGAACCAGAGACCCAGAGAGAGGAUCAGCUUUGAAAACCUCAAGUUAGCCACUGAGCUGCCGGACGCCGAGCUGCGACGCACUCUCUGGUCUCUGGUGGCGUUUCCCAAACUCAAGAGGCAGGUGUUGUCUUACGACCCAGCGGUGUCUUCACCCAAAGACUUCGCAGAGGGAACACUAUUCUACGUCAACCAGGAGUUUUCUCUCAUAAAAAACUCCAAGGUUCAGAAAAGGGGGAAGAUUAACCUGAUUGGUCGGCUGCAGCUCACCACAGAGCGGAUGAGGGAGGAGGAGAAUGAGGGCAUCGUCCAGCUCAGGAUACUGAGAACGCAGGAGGCCAUCAUCCAGAUCAUGAAGAUGAGGAAGCGCAUUAACAACGCCCAGCUGCAGACGGAGCUGGUGGAGAUCCUAAAGAACAUGUUUUUACCACAGAAGAAGAUGAUAAAGGAGCAGAUCGAGUGGCUGAUAGAUCACAAGUACAUAAAGCGGGAUGAGACCGAUAUUAACACCUUCAUCUACAUGGCAUAG